AUGUCUGAACACGAACCGCUGCUGGGCCGCCCCGGCGACGUCUCGCAGCCCGAGCACGGCAGCAUCAUCGCGAACCUGGCAACCGGCACGGCGCCCGUUGCGCAGGCGGGCAUCUGGAUCCUGGCCGCGCUGGUCUGGUCGGCCGUCUUUACAAACGACCUCAUCUUCUUCUCGCCGCACCCGCUGCUCAACUCGGCCGGCGUGCUGCUCUCCACGCAGGCCAUCCUGCUGCUCCAGCCGACGCACACUGCAGCCCAGAAGCGACACGGCGCCCUGGCGCAUUUCGGCGUGCUGCUGGUCGCCAACCUGGCCUUCAUCGCCGCCCUCGUUGUCAUCGAGAUCAACAAGGCCUCGCACCCCGAAACCCGCUUCAAGUCCGUCCACGCCAUCCUCGGCCUGGUCGCCUACAUCCUCAUCUUCCUGCAGGCCGCCGUCGGCGUCGCCCAGUACUUCUUCCCCGCCCGGGUCUUUGGGAGCGUCGACGCCGGCAAGAGCGUGUACAAGUGGCAUCGGCUGGGUGGCUACGUUGUCUUUGUCGUGGAGCUGGCGACCAUUGCGGCCGCGACGCAGACGGACUACAACCGCAGCGUGCUGCACAUCCGGCUGUGGACGGUGCUGCUGAGCGCGCUGCUGGUGGUUGCGGGCCUGUAUGCGCGGAUCAAGAGGCACAAGCUGCCGCCGUUUCUAAGAGGCAAUGAAUGA